CUCUUCUCCGUAUUCCACUCGUCCCCAAAUUCACGAAACCCUCGACGGCCAAAAGAAACGUGAUUCCCGAUACCCUCGUUGGCAGAAAAAGUAAGGGGCGAGGAAGUCGCGGCGGGAGUUAGCUGGAGAAGGCAUCGACGGUACCAGCGGCCUGUGCGGGAGUGUGAAGGAGAAGAAGAGUUCGUGAGAGACUUGCAGAUUUACUAAAUCCGGGAUUUAAGGCAAAACGGGGGAGAAACGGGAUUUAAUACUCUGUAGAAGUUAAAGCUGUCAUUUUUGCUAUUUGGCAGGAUUUAGAUUAAAUCCUAAUCAGAAACAACCCUUACCAGUUUGAUAUUCAACUAUGUCUUCCAAAAAGCAUUACAAGGAAAAAGUUUCACGAAAGAAAGAGGAGAAGCAAGAACCACCUGAAGCACCAAAAUAUCGUGAUCGUGCUAAGGAACGCAGAGAAGAUCAGAAUCCUGAUUAUGAGCCCACAGAGCUGGGUUCAUUUCAUGCAGUUGGUCCUCCUGGGACAGUUGAUUUAAGAAUUGCUGAUGCACAUAAGAUAUCUAUUGAGAAUAGCAAGUAUCUUGGAGGAGACAUUGAACACACUCAUCUGGUCAAAGGUUUGGAUUAUGCUUUACUUAACAAGGUUAGGAGUGAAAUGGACAAGGAAGCAGAUGAUGAAGAUGGAAAUGAUGGAAAUUCGAGGGUAACUAAGGAUGAUCAGCCAGUCAUUUUUCGCACAGCGACUGCCAAGUCAGUGUACCAGUGGAUUGUGAAGCCACAAACCAUAAUCAAAGCCAAUGAGAUGUUCCUUCCAGGCAGGAUGACUUUUAUUUAUAAUAUGGAAGAUAACUUUCAUGAUAUACCUACUACUCUGCACAGAAGUAAAGCUGACUGUCCAGUUCCUGAGGAAAUGGUUACUGUUAGUGUGGAUAGUUCUGUCCUUGAGCGAAUUUCUAAAAUCAUGUCAUAUCUCCGUCUUGGUUCGUCAGGGAAGGUUCUGAAGAAAAAGAAAAAAGAUAAGGAAAUGAAAGGAGAUGAGAAACCUAUCCAAUCUAAUGGUGCGGUCUCAAAGCACCAUCCUGUAAAGGAAACCCUUCCUCCCCCUCCUCCUCGCCAUGCUGAUGCAAAGGAAAAGCAACCCCCUAUUGUUGCAAGAGUAGAGGUGGAUGACAUAUUUGUUGGGGAUGGCAUUGACUAUACUAUUCCCAGCAAAGACACUAGCCAGAGCCCUGUGUCAGAGGACAUGGAGGAGUCCCCGCGGAACCGGGAGAGGCAACCUUAUUUUAAUGAGCCUGUAUAUGGUCCUGUCCCACCUUCUGAACCUGCUCAAGCUUGGCAACAAAUGAAUGGAUAUGAUGUCAUGCAGGCUCCAAUGGUUGCUGCGAAUUAUCCAGAAGAUUGGCAGAACUAUCAGUAUGCUGAGCAACUGGCUUAUUCUGAACAUUAUCUUCAGCAGAAUGGUCAAGAAUAUGAUGCACUUGCAGGAGCCCAAUUACUACCACAGGAUCCUCGUUUUAUGACCCAGGAAGAUAAGGACCGAGGCCUGGGUUCUGUUUUCAAGCGUGAUGACCAGAGGCUUCAACAGCUUAGAGAGAAGGAUGCUCGAGAAAAAGACCCUAAUUUUAUAUCCGAAAGUUACUCUGAGUGCUAUCCUGGAUAUCAGGAAUACCACCGUGAGGUUGUCGAUAGUGAUGAUGAAGAUGACUUAUCAAAAAUGGACAUGGGUGGCCGGGCCAAGGGGCGUCUUCAUCGAUGGGAUUUUGAGACAGAAGAGGAAUGGGCUAAGUACAAUGAGCAGAAGGAAGCCAUGCCUAAGGCUGCCUUCCAAUUCGGAGUGAAGAUGCAGGAUGGAAGGAAGACAAGGAAGCAAAACAAGGAUCAGAAGCUCAAUAACGAGCUGCACAAAAUCAACAAAAUCCUUGCUCGGAAGAAGGCAGAAGAGGGGCCUGAGGAUGCCAAACACUUUGCUGAUGAUGAUGAUGUACAGCCUGGGAAGAAGCUCAGGAUUUGAAUUAUCCCAUCGUACGAAGUAAUAGAUUCAGCAGAGGGCAUUUGUAUAUUAUCUCUAGCGUAAUUUUAUGCAUCCAAUGCUAUUCUUCGCAAAAAACUGUCUCACUUGUUUGGUUUUUGUUUCUGCUGGUUUUCAGUAUUGUAAGCAAUUAGUUUGAAAUGUUCGUAUUGCAUUAUGGGUUUCUUGUAGAUAUGGACCGUUUAAAAUUCUUGAUAUUAUAUUUAAUUUAGCUAAGCAAACAUUAAAAUAUAAUAAAAUAAAUCAAAAAAUUUUCCCAA